UUCAAAUGGAACACAAAUUUGCUGCUUUCAUCUACUUUCUUUUUAACCUGUAUGAGACUAAUUACCAAUUUAGCAGUUUGCUACUGUACUAAGAUCUACUUCACGGCUAAGCAAACAUAUUUCUUAUAAGUUAGAGAAAUUUACCAACUUAAUAAAAACGUUCUUUGGUAUUAACAAUAUGCAACUCGAGCGUAGAGUAGGCGGAGAUGCUCAUUAUUACUGAAAAUUAGGCCUGCAUUCUGUUGUCAAACCUCAGCUUUAACCCUUGGUAUAGCCAGGAUUUGCUUAUCCUGAAUAAGAUUUUAUGGUGACUACUUCUACUUGAUGGGUAGAGCUAAUAUGUAUGCAGAGUACAGAGCUGGGAGAACCACCUCUCCUGCAACCCCAGUUUUUGGAAAAAGACCAAGAUCAUCAGAUCCUGAUCCUCAUGUUAGACUGAGUUUUAAUCCUUCAGGGUUUUUGCAGAACUUUGGAAACCCAUUUCGUCGUAAACAGAAACCAAAGCAUGACUUGCAACAAAGUCAUCCUGUUAUCACUCAAACCAUGAAAAAACGGGAAUUUAUAGAACUGGCUAGUUUUGGUGUGAUCAGGGAGUAUGACCCCUCAAAGAAGGGCAUAGGACACAACUUUCAAUCAGUACAGUUGAAGAGCCCAACCUGGUGUGACUUGUGUGGAGAAUUUAUAUGGGGUGUAUAUAAAUCUAACCAUUGCUUGCAGUGUAGGUAUUGCCACUAUACAUGUCAUACAGUUUGCCAAGAUCUGGUCACAUUGGAUUGUAAGACAGACAAAGACACAACUAAAUUAACACAAGUUAUUACAAAAAAGAAACCUUCUUCACCAAAUAGAGUUGAGCAGGAAGCUGAAAUAUUUGAUGGUUACAUUCGAGUACAUCUAAACCUAACUCGACCAAUCAAUGUAGUUUCUGGCACAAGACCUCCAUCCAUUUAUGAUAUUCUCAAGGAGGAAGAGGAGGAGAGUAGAAGUAAAACAUUAACAUCUUUUUAUUUGCCAAGGGACACUAUAAAAGCCCUCCAUGUUACCAGUGAAUUUACAGCUAGAGAAGUAAUCAGCAGUUUGUUGAAGAAAUUUAAAGUUGCAGACAAUCCUCACAAAUAUGCCCUCUAUGAGAGAUAUUUUGAUAGGGAAAGUCACUGUGUACGACUUCGACGAAUCCAGGAUUGGGAAAGACCUUUAGAUCUCUCACUGCAGUGGUCACCAGAUGAUCAACAACUUGUUCUCCAAGAGAAUGAAACAGGAGAUAUUAAGUGGGAAGAUUUUACUCUUCCUGAAUUGAAGAACUUCCUGAAGAUACUAGACAGGGAAGAGAAUGAGCACAUAAAACAAGUUCGUAAUAAGUAUAGAGUUCAUCACCAAAAGAUCAAAGAAGCCAUACAGCAUCAACUAAUUGAAAAAAACUUUAUUGUAAUGUCUUGAUCUCAGUCUACUUCUUUAUGUGUUAACUUGGAAGCUAAUCCCCCUCCCCAUUUAUGGUAUUUCAUCAUCACUUUGCAUAUUUGCUUGGAAUCUUUAAAUCUCUUAUCCCUCAUUUAAAAGAAAACAAGCAAUGAGUAUUUGUUCUUGAGACAUUAGCUGGUCUAUGAUAAUGUGAAUGGUGAUAUAUUGGAUCAGAGAUACUACCCUAAGGAAAUUUUGGCCUGUUGGUGUAUACUAUUCUAUCUUAAAAACAGUUGACCAGGUUUUUAAAAAAAAUCUUUAAUGUUUAGCUUGAAAAAUACAUCCUAAAUUUUGAAUUUGUGUCUAAUUUCUAACCUUCAAGACUUUAUUACAAAAUUUCACAGUUUUUAUUCAUUUUAAAAAGCUCAUUUGUAAACCUACAUGCCAGACUUGAAUGUUAGUAUUCAACGUAUGUCAUACGGUCAUAAAUAGAAAGGAAUGUGCCUAAGUACUGCAUGUUUCUUUUCUUGGCGUUAUGAAUACUUUGAUGUUUUUAUGUUAAAGGUGUCUUGAAUGUUUUCUGUUAUUGUGAAAUUGUCUUUAGUUCUAAAUAUUCAGUGACCACAGAGCUACUAAAGCAAGCUACUAACAUCAGUUUCUGUAUGUGUUUACUGACAUUUGAUGAUGGGUUGACUUACUGUUUAUGAACAUUCAUUCUAAAAUUAAGAGGAAAUGACUUGUGCAAUUUAAACUAUUUUCCUUUAUGUACAUUUGAUGGUUUGUUUGUGACCUUUUAAAGAAUAUUUGGAGAUUUUGCUGACAUUUGUGAGCAAUUGUGACCAUUUUAUUUAAUGAAAGUAUUAUUAAAGUUCUGGGUUUUUUUUAUGUUGUUUAUAAACAUAUAAAUUAUAUAUACAUGUUCACUUGCUACUUUUACUGUUCAGUAGCAUUGUUAAUCAAGGAAGAACAGAAUAGUGUUCUUUAAGCAUUGGUUGUGAUUUGAUGAUUGUUUAUGUUGGAAUCAUCGCUAAAUAAUGCAGCUAGUACUAUACUAAGGUAAUCACUUAGGUGAAAAGAAUCACUGACUUGUAUAUCGUGAUAAGGGUUGCACAAAUUUUUAAGUGAUAGCUUAGCAGCUAUGUUUUCGAAGUAUAUGUAUCUAAAAAUAUAUCUUUCUAGAUAUGUAUAUAUGUAGGUUAUGAAAAGUG